GACGUGGACGGGGAGAGCGGGCUGCUCUACACCAAGCAGCGCAUUGACCGCGAAGUGCUGUGCCGGCGCAGCGCAAAGUGCCAGCUGUCCCUCGAGGUGUUCGCCAACGACCAGGAGAUCUGCAUGAUCAAGGUGGAGAUCCAGGACCUGAACGACAACGCACCAGUGUUCCCCUCUAUCUCAGAAAAUGCCGCACCCGGCACCCGCUUCCCCCUCACCAGUGCCCACGAUCCAGACGCUGGGGACAACGGGCUGCGCACCUACCUGCUCACCCGUGAUGACUAUGGCCUCUUCUCCCUUGACGUGAAGUCCCGUGGUGAUGGCACGAAGUUUCCAGAGCUGGUCAUCCAGAAGCCAUUAGACCGUGAGGAGCAGAGUCACCACACCCUCGUGCUGACGGCACUAGACGGCGGUGACCCACCACGCUCGGGCACGGUGCAGAUCAAUGUGCGCCUCAUUGACUCCAAUGACAACAGCCCCGUCUUUGAGGCAGCCUCCUAUGUGGUUGAGCUGCCCGAGAACGCACCACUGGGCACUUCCGUCAUCGACCUUAAUGCCACUGAUGCUGACGAGGGUACCAAUGGAGAGGUGCUCUACUCCUUCAGUGGCUACGCACCCGAGCGUGUCCGUGAUCUGUUUAGCAUUGACCCACAGAGUGGCCUCAUCCGUGUCAAGGGCAACCUGGACUAUGAGGAGAGUGGCCUCAUUGAAAUUGAUGUCCAGGCUCGCGACCUGGGGCCCAAUCCCAUCCCUGCUCACUGCAAGGUCACUGUCCGCCUCAUCGACCGCAAUGACAAUGCACCCAGCAUUGGCUUUGUCUCCGUUCGCCAGGGAGCACUGAGUGAGGCUGCCCCACCAGGCACCGUCAUUGCCCUGGUGCGAGUCACUGACCGUGACUCAGGCAAGAAUGGGCAGCUCCAGUGCCGGGUGCUGGGUGGUGGCGGUGGGCCUGGAGCUGUCCCUUUCACCCUGGAGGAGAACUACGACAACUUCUACACUGUGGUCACUGACCGGCCCCUGGACCGCGAGGCACAGGAUGAGUACAAUGUGACCAUUGUGGCACGUGAUGGGGGCAACCCCCCACUCAACUCCACCAAGUCAUUUUCCGUCCGGAUCCUUGACGAGAAUGACAACCCACCUCGCUUCAGCAAGAACCUCUAUGUGUUACAGGUGCCCGAGAACAACAUCCCUGGAGAGUACCUGGGCUCUGUCUUGGCCCAGGACCCUGACCUGGGCCAAAAUGGGACAGUCUCUUACUCCAUUCUGCCUGGGCAUGUGGGUGACGUCUCUAUCUACACCUACGUCUCUGUCAACCCCACCAAUGGUGCUAUCUAUGCCCUGAGAAGCUUCAACUAUGAGCAGACAAAGCACUUUGAGUUUCGCGUGCUGGCCAAAGACUCGGGUUCACCCCACCGUGAAAGCAAUGCCACGGUGCGUGUCACCGUGCUCGAUGUCAAUGACAAUGCACCCCUCAUUGUCCUGCCUGCCCUCAUCAAUGACACUGCUGAGCUGCAGGUGCCACGCAACGCUGGGGUGGGCUACCCCGUGGGCACCGUCCGCGCCCUGGACAGUGACUUUGGGGAGAGUGGGCGCCUCACAUACGAGAUUGUGGAAGGCAACGAGGAGCACCUCUUUGAGAUGGACCCUACUAGCGGUGAGAUACGCACCUUGCACCCCUACUGGGAGGAGCUCAGCCCUGUGGCUGAACUGGUGGUAAAAGUCAGUGACCAUGGCAAGCCCAGCCUCUCUGCAGUGGCCAAGCUCAUUGUCAGAGCCUUGGCAGGGCCCAGGGAGCCACAGGUGAAUGGUGAGCAGCAUCGGCGACCACACUGGGACUUGUCAUUGCCCCUGAUCGUGACACUGAGCACUGUCUCCAUCAUCUUGCUGGCUGCCAUGAUCACUAUUGCCGUGAAGUGCAAGCGAGAGAACAAGGAGAUCCGCACCUAUAAUUGUCGCAUUGCCGAGUAUAGCCACCCUCAGCUGGGAGGAGGGGGAGGCAGUGGCGGGGGAGGAGGAGGCAGCGGCAGUGGAGGGGGCAAGGGCAAGAAGAAGAAGAUCAGCAAGAAUGACAUUAUGCUGGUGCCCAGUGAGGGCGAGGACAGCCGGGGCCCCCUCAAUGUCAUGAACGUGGUGAGCAGCCCAUCCCUGGCCACUUCACCCAUGUACUUUGACUACCAGACCCGCCUGCCCCUCAGCUCUCCCAGGUCCGAGGUGAUGUACCUGAAGCCCUCCUCCAACAACCUGACUGUACCCCAGGGACAUGUGGGCUGCCACACCAGCUUCACAGGGCAAGGGACUAACGCCAGCGAGGCUCCCCCGAGCCGGAUGUCCAUAAUUCAGGUAGGAGACUUUUAG